AUGGCCGCUCAAGUUUGCAAUGAUACAAGUGAUUCUAUUGAAUUAUGUCCAGCUAGAGGUCUUUAUUUGAAGCCUGUCACCAAACUAACGAUACUAGUGGGGCUGCCAGAGAUAAGGGAAGUUGGAAUAACUAUUUCAAAUUGGGAAGUCAUGGAGAAAGUGAAGUGUAUGGUCGCUCCAAUUCAGUUCAGUGUGCUAAGAGUUGUAGAGUCUUCACUUGAAAGAAUUCAGUUUGAAGCCGAAGUUGAUACGAAGUCGCUGUUAAGUAGAACCGUCGCGAAGCUGGAUGGUAACUUAAUAAAAUUGAGUGGCUUAGCAGACGCUCUUAAAGUGCGUUCUUAUGAGAAAAAACAUAAAUAUCCUGUAAAACAUGACUGGGAAGCUUUCUUUAGGGAUGCUAUAGAACUGAAUGAAUGGAAACCCGGCGAAAGACCAGACACUAUUCAUCUAAAAGGCCUACCAUCCAAGUGGUUUAGUGAUGAAAAAUCUGGAAAUAAACCUGUCAAAGAAGUGAUUGUUAGUGUGUUUGAGAAAUUUGGGAAGAUACGGUAUUUAGAUGUGCCAAGUUUAGAUCCAUACAGGGCACGAAUCACGAAGCAACAUCAACCAAACUUUCAGACAUUUUGUUUUGGUUCUGAGCUACAUUUUGAAGUGUAUAUUCAAUACGAAGAUUACCAGGGAUUUGUUAAUGCUAUGAAGGGGUUGAAAGGAAUGAAAUUGUUGUUGAAAUCGGAAGGAAGCAAGUCAGCAAUGGCAACAAUUUCGUUUGAUUUUGAUAAAACGUGUCACUUAAGUGAGACAAAUAUCAGGAAGAGAAAUGCAGAAAGAAGACGUCUGAUAGAACAAGACAGAUUAGAGGAACUCAAGAAGGCACAAGAAAAGAAAGAACAGGAGGAAAGAGAGAAAGAAGAAAGAAUUAAGGCAGAAGAACGAGCUGCUGAAAUAUUAAGACAAAUGCAAGAAAACAAGCGUAAGAAAGAAAAAAGGAGGAGAGCCAGGGAAGAAAGACGCAGGCAGAAACGAGAGGAGAAAAGAAGACUAGAAAAAGAACGUGAAGAACGACAAAAACAGAUGUUGAUGGAAAAAGAACGCAUAGAAAAAUUACGCAGUAAGCAAGCAAAGAAUGUUUUGGGGGAAGUUUUUCAAAGAAUUAAUGAUAUAAUUGUAGAGGAAAAAGAGACAAAGAGAAAGCGAGAGGAAGAACUUGUUCUCCUAGCUCAAAUAAAAGAAAAGAAAGAAAAAUUAGAACAUGAAAUGAGAAAAAAGGAAGAUGAAGAAAAAAUGAAAAAGAAACAAAUGGAAGAAGAUGAGCAACAUUUACGAGAUAAACUGUUGAAAAACCUGCAAGUCAUGAAGGAGAGAAAAGCUGAACUUGAAAGAGAAAUAUUACGAAAACAAGUCCAGGGAAAGAUAAAAAUGGUGUCAGUUAUUAAAAUAGACACUUCGUAAUUAAUUAAUGUUUAAUGAAGAACAUUAAUGCUAAAUAUUAAGAUUGUAAAACUUGUAUCAUGUAUUUUCAAAGAGAGGUAAUAAA